AUGGCUUUCCGACAACGAGUCCUGCCGCUUCUCGGUGCUUCGGCCGUAGGUGUCGGCAUUGGUUACUACGUCUUCGAUCCCUUGCUGCAGCAGUAUGCCAAGGACACCAACGGCACGUAUGUCGCUGGUCCUCCCGGCACAAAUUCGCUUCCAGAUCUCAAGCCUCACCCCGGCGCCACCACCGAGCUUCACGAAAGACCCCCUCUCGGCUCCUCUGCCGCUCGAGGCAUCUCUGGUCCCAUCGCGCGUCCUGGUGUCGAUCUCAAGCACAACGAAGCCAACCAGCUCCCCGGCAGUGUACCUUACGGAACCGUCUCCAAGGAGAUCGAGCAGCUCCGCCGCAACGUCAACGACAAGAUCGGUUAUGCUGAACACAAGCUCCAGGAUGCCAAGCACGGGAUCGAGAACAAGUACCGAGACGUAAAGGAUGAGGUCAAGGACACCUACCGAUCCGCCAGAGGUACAGCUCAAGAUGCUGUCGACACUGCCGCCAACAAGGCUGAAAACGUGAAGCACGAUGUCAAGUCUGGCUGGUUCUCGGCCAAGAACACGGUCGAGCAAAAGGCAAGCGAAGCCGAGGCCGAAGUCAAGAAGGGCUGGUUCGCAGCUAGGGAUAAGGCUGAGCAGGCUGGAGACCAGGCCAAAUCGACCUUGUACUCUGCCAAAGACGCUACUCAGCAAAAGGCUGACGAAGCAGCCGACCAGGCCAAGAAAGGCUGGUUCGCAGCCAAGGACACAGCAGCUGAGGCUGGCGAGCAGGCCAAGAGCUCGUGGUUCUCGACCAAGUCUGCGGCUGAGCAGAAGGCCGACGAGGCCGCUGACAAGGCGAAGCAGGGUUGGUUCGCAGCCAAGGACAAGGCUGCCGAGGCGGAGGAACAGGCCAAGAGCUCGUGGUUCUCGACCAAGUCUGCGGCUGAGCAGAAGGCCGACGAGGCCGCUGACAAGGCGAAGCAGGGUUGGUUCGCAGCCAAGGACAAGGCUGCCGAGGCGGAGGAACAGGCCAAGAGUUCGUGGUUCUCGACCAAAUCUGCGGCUGAGCAGAAGGCCGACGAGGCCGCUGACAAGGCGAAGCAGGGUUGGUUCGCAGCCAAGGACACAGCAGCUGAGGCUGGCGAGCAGGCCAAGAGUGCGUGGUUCUCGACCAAAUCUGCGGCUGAGCAGAAGGCCGACGAGGCCGCUGACAAGGCGAAGCAGGGUUGGUCCGCAGCCAAGGACACAGCAGCUGAGGCUGGCGAGCAGGCCAAGAGCUCGUGGUUCUCGACCAAAUCUGCGGCUGAGCAGAAGGCCGACGAGGCCGCUGACAAGGCGAAGCAGGGUUGGUCCGCAGCCAAGGACACAGCAGCUGAGGCUGGCGAGCAGGCCAAGAGCUCGUGGUUCUCGACCAAAUCUGCGGCUGAGCAGAAGGCCGACGAGGCCGCUGACAAGGCGAAGCAGGGUUGGUUCGCAGCCAAGGACACAGCAGCUGAGGCUGGCGAGCAGGCCAAGAGCUCGUGGUUCUCGACCAAGUCUGCGGCUGAGCAGAAGGCCGACGAGGCCGCUGACAAGGCGAAGCAGGGUUGGUUCGCAGCCAAGGACACAGCAGCUGAGGCUGGCGAGCAGGCCAAGAGCUCGUGGUUCUCGACCAAAUCUGCGGCUGAGCAGAAGGCCGACGAGGCCGCUGACAAGGCGAAGCAGGGUUGGUUCGCAGCCAAGGACAAGGCUGCCGAGGCGGAGGAACAGGCCAAGAGUUCGUGGUUCUCGACCAAAUCUGCAGCUGAGGACAAGUACGAAAACGCCAAGGACGAAGCUCAGAAGGGCUGGUUCAACUUGAAGAGCAAAGCCGAAGAUGCUGCAGAUGACGCACGCAGCUCUGUUCAAGGUUACCGUGACCAGCUGGAGCACAAUGCUCAACAAAAGAUUCUCGCUGCGCAGUACAACGCUGAGGUUCGUGCCGGCGAAGCUCGCGGCCAACUCAUCCAGAAUGACCACCUCAAGGGCGAUUUCAAGGACAUCAAGCAGACGGGUAAGGAUUGGAAGUCCGAACUCGAAGCCAAGGCACACGAAGCUCGCAAUGCCGCCGAAAGCGAAUACAGGCACUUGCGCGACCAGUCUCAGCAGGGUUACAGGAACCUCAAGGACGAAGCCAACUCGAGCCUCUACAACCUCAGGGACAAGGCUGACAGCGGAUACGAGUCGCUCCGAGCCAAAGCCGCUGAGGGUCUCGAUUAUGCCGGCGACAAGCUGCACAGCGGUGCGCGAAAGAUCGAGGGAGAUCAGAAGCCCCAGUCGACCGGUCUGUGGAACUGGAUCUUUGGCAACGGAAGGGCUACCGAAUCCGUGGCUUCCAACCUCGAGUAA